GCGACAGCGAGCACCAGUGUCUAUUUUUUUGUGAAUUAAUAAUCGGUGAAUUUGAGGUGUUUUUAUUCAGUUUAAGGCAGUAAACCCUUGUCUGUUUCAAUAUCUCCAAAGUUUAAUGGGAAAAUAAUUCACAAUGCAUCGACGUCGGGGCCCUAAUUUCACCUAUGUGAGCGGCUGUGUCAAGUACAUGAUUUUUGUUUUAAAUUUUAUAUUUUGGUUGUCUGGAGGAUUAAUAACAGGCAUUGGGUUAUAUGCAUUCAUAGACAAGUGGCAGGCAACAGGUCAUAUAAAGCUGGACACUGUCUACGAUGUCAUAUUGAACGUCAGUCUGCUGAUCGCAUUACUUGGGAGUGUAGUGUUCAUUGUGAGCUUCGCUGGCUGUAUAGGAGCGCUGAGGGAGAAUACAUGCUUACUUAAGUUUUACUCCCUGUGUCUUUUGGUGCUAUUCCUGGUGGAGAUGGGCGGCGCGGUUUGCGGGUUCGUGUUCCCGCGAUCUUUACACGGCAUUCUUGAGAACAGCUUCACCGAGCGCAUAGUGCGUCUGUACAGGGACGAUCCGGAUCUGCAGAACUUCAUUGACUUCGCACAGAAAGACUUCCACUGCUGCGGCCUGACUUCAGACGGCUACAUGGAUUGGUCCAAAAACGAAUACUUCAAUUGUUCGUCGCCAUCUGUUGAACGUUGCGGCGUUCCGUUCUCUUGCUGCAUCAACGCCACAGACAUCAGCUCCGGCCUCGUCAACAUCAUGUGCGGAUAUGGCGUGCAGAACUAUCCCGUCGCGGAAGCCAGCAAACGCGUAUGGACGAGUGGCUGCAUAGAGAUAGUUCGUUCGUGGGGCGAACGCAACCUCUACACCAUCGCCACAGUGGCGUUGGGCGUGGCGCUGUCACAGCUCUUCGUCAUCUACCUCGCCAAGACCCUCGAGGGACAGAUUGAGUUGCAAAAAGCCAGAUGGCAAACAUGAAACAGGGGUUCAGCGGGGGCGUACCGCGACGAAUGUCGGCGAGCGCUUCUGUAGCCGGGACUUGACCCCGCCACCCGGGACACGGUGCCAUCCUCGCUGCACAUAUAGACAGCACCCGUUAACUCUGCGCAAGCGUUAUCAAGGGUUUAGUGAUUUUACAAGUGUGUGUAACGGUUUAUCUAAAGAACGGUCGUUUGACCUUGAAGUGACAUUCGUGCAAUAGACAUAUGGACAACACUUGUUUAACCUUUCCAAGGGUUAGCAAGGGUUUUGGUUUUAUUACAAGUGUGUAACAGGUUUUCCUUAAAAUGUUAAACGGUCGUUUGACCUUGGAGUAAACUUGAUUCGCUACAAAGACAGGCAAAAACCUGUCGAUCCUUUGCCAAGGGCUACCAAAGGGUUUACAGUGACAUUGCAAGUGUUUGUAACUCUCAAAAACGGGUUUUUACCUUAAAGUAACCUUGGUGCAUUUACAAAUGGAAAAUACAAAGUACCCCCAAGUAAGAUUGUAUAGUGAUGAUACAAGUGUAUUUAACCAAUUUAUCUAAAAAAAAAGUGUCGUUUUACCCUGUGAACUUUGUGCAUACAGGAUGUUACAAAAUGCGAAAUAUUUCUGUGCCAGUUUAUAGAACAGUAUUUAUUUAAGAAGUAUGUAUUUGUUAAGGAAUAUUAUGCGUGCCACCUGGCCAUAUUUCGAUACAUAUUUGACCUUGCCUUGACCUUGGAUGUAAAUAUGUACACGAUCUUAAUACAUUCUAUAUUGAUACGAUUUUA